GCCUGCAGCCGAGGGCGGGCGAGAGCACCAAGCCUGGUCUUCUGGUCAUCCCCAGCCAAGCUGAGCUGUUGACAGCUGCUUGGGAUUCUGCCUCCAGGCUCCAGCUGGCUUCACAGCCCCUCCACUUCUCAGCCACUGUCCCUCCAUGGCUCAGAAAGAAGAGGUCGCUGAGGGCAGCGCAGCCUCCCAGAAUGGAGAAGAUCUGGAGAACCUAGAAGACCCUGAGAAGAAGCUGAAGGAGCUCAUCGACCUGCCGCCCUUUGAGAUCGUCACUGGGGAGCGGCUGCCUGUCAACUUCUUUAAAUUUCAGUUCCGGAACGUGGAGUACAGUUCUGGGCGGAACAAGACCUUCCUCUGCUAUGUGGUGGAAGCUCAGAGCAAGGGAGGCCAGGUGCAGGCGUCCCGGGGCUACCUGGAGGAUGAGCAUGCAGGUGCCCAUGCUGAGGAGGCUUUCUUUAACACCAUCCUGCCGGCCUGCGACCCGGCCCUGAAGCUACAAGUCACCUGGUACGUGUCCUCCAGCCCCUGUGCAGCCUGCGACUUCGAGACCGAAUUCUCAAAACAAGCUCAGCUGAAGACAGAGAACCUGCGCCUGAUCAUCCCUGAUGUGGCGUCGGCUCAGCCGUUAAGAGCAUGUGUGGAGGCAGCCAGCUCCAGGGGCUCACAGGCUCUUGCCUCUCAGAAGAAGCUGGCCCAGGUUUGA